UCGAACAAUGUUCACCAACUCGAACUUUUAUCAGGGAAGACGAUAAUCGAACUAUGUUCCAUCUCGUUAAGUGAUGGCAUUUCCCACUCUUGCGAAGAGGUUACAAAGAACACAUCUUCACCAACUCUUAUCCCCAUUCAUUCUCCAUCAUCUGCACUCAACCUCUUCUUCAACUCUCUCACAACAAUCCCAUCACCAUAUCUCUCAAGCAUUUCAUCGAACACAUUUCAUACCCUUUCGAAGCUCUCCUCCACAACUCCAUUUCUCCACACUCCAACACCAACCCCCCAAAACCAACCCCGACCCACUCGACUUCAACGCGGGAACUUUCCAGACCCAUGACCUCCAAGACCACCCGGGUCUUCUCCACGUCGUCAAGUCUCUCGAAAAGGUCGCCCACUUUCCGACAGAAGCGGAGGCCAUGUCCUCUCUCGAAGAGUCGUGCGUCGAGGUGAGUCCGGAACUGGUCCGUUCGGCGAUUUGGGUGCUGAGGGAGGACUGGAGAGUGGCGUUUUUGGCUUUCAAAUGGGGGGAGAAAUGGGAUUGCUGCGAUGAAGAAGCUUGGAUUUUGAUGGUGUGGGUUUUGGGUAGUCACCGAAAGUUCAACACUGCUUGGUGUUUGAUUCGAGACCUUCAUCGAUCAUCAAUGGAUACUCGGCGAGCAAUGCUUGUUAUGAUUGAUAGGUAUGCAUGUGCAAACGAUCCAGACAAGGCCAUAUGGGCAUUCCACUUUAUGGAGAAAUUCAGUUUGACCCCUGAUCAAGAAGCGUUCUGCAUUGCCCUGAAUGCUCUUUGUAAACAUGGCUACAUCGAAAAGGCCGAAGAGUUUAUGCUUGUUAACAAGAAGCUCUUCCCACUGGAAACUGAGGGUUUUAACAUUAUUCUCAACGGGUGGUGUAACAUUUCUGUCGAUCUUUCUGAAGCCAAGCGAGUUUGGAGAGAAAUGUCCAAGUGCUGUAUAGAGCCCAAUGCGACUUCUUACACCCACAUGAUACACUGCUUAUCGAAAGAUGGGAAUCUAUUCGACUCGCUUAGACUCUAUGAUGAAAUGAAGAAAAGGGGUUGGCUCCCCAGUAUCAAAGUUUACAAUUCUUUAAUUUUUGUACUUACUCGUGAGAAUUGCUUCAAGGAAGCUCUCAAAAUCCUGCAAAAACUGAGAGAGUCGGGUUUGCAGCCGGAUGCCACUACCUAUAACUCGAUGAUAAGUCCUUUAUGCAAAGCAAGAAAGCUCGAUGAGGCGAGAAAUAUGCUGGUCACUAUGUUAGGGGAGAAUAUCGGUCCAACCACAGAGACCUACCAUGCGUUUCUUGAGAUUGUAGAGUUUGAGGAAACCCUCGAAGUUCUUAGUCGGAUGAAGAAAGCUAAAUUAGGUCCUAGUAGGGAGACUUUUGGUAUGGUUCUUGAAAAGUUCUUCAAAGUGGAGCAAGCAGAGAAUGCAUUAAAGAUUUGGGAAGAGAUGAAGCGUUACGAUGUUGUGCCAGAUUCUGCACAUUACACAAUAAUGCUACAAGGGCUGGCGACAUGUGGGUUGUUCACUAAGGCUAGGGAGUUUUUGGCUGCUAUGAGAUCAGAUGGAUUUAUCGAAGAUCCAAAGGUUAAGAAGCUGGUGAAGGAACCAGUUUCCACAGUAAGGACAAAAGAGAACGGUUUAGACCAUUAAAGGGAAGAAAAAAAGUGAAGCAUAGGAAAAGUAGAUGAGUUGGGAACUCAACAGCAUUUCAACAAGGAGGAAGACAUUUCUUGUACAGUUCAACUUGAAAUUUUUUUAGUGGAAAUGCAAAAGCUGUUGAGCAGAAAUCUAUUAUAGAAUUGAUUAGCUUCAACAAAGGAACAACUCUAUCCUACAAAUGGCAAAAACUCACUUUUUCAGAAAUUGAACCUUCAAUAUGAAUAAAUGGC